AGAUACACGAUCAGAGCAUAAGCGGAGGAUUUGUGGAAGUUUUUGGAGCGUGUAGUGUUUUUUAAAAAUUUUGGAUUUUUGCUCCUGGCGAAAGUUAUUUUCGACUGUUUCUUCAAGCUGAGUAGGACUUGUCCAGAAGAAGCGGGGAGAUGAAGUGCAUUAUAGGAAUUGGCGGGGUCACUAAUGGUGGUAAAACCACUCUGACAAAAAACUUGAUCAAGGCUUUGCCCAACUGCUGUGUUGUGCAUCAAGACGACUUUUUCAAGAAACCCGAUCAGAUAGAAGUCGGGGAGGACGGCUUUAAACAGUGGGAUGUGAUCACGGCAUUGGACAUGGAGGCCAUGACCAACACGAUAAAAGGCUGGAUUGAGAACCCAGUGAAGUUCGCCCGAUCUCACGGCGUCUCUCUGUCUUCUGCUUCUGCUUCUGAUUUGGCCGACCCUGAUGAGCAGAUCCACAUCCUGAUCGUAGAGGGCUUCCUUCUCUACAACUACCCGCCCCUGCUGGAUGUCUUCGACAAGUGCUAUUACAUCACAAUACCCUAUGAGGAGUGCAAGAGAAGGAGAAGUACAAGGCAGUACACCGUCCCCGACCCUCCUGGCCUGUUCGAUGGUCAUGUGUGGCCCAUGUACCUGAAACACAGGAAACAGAUGGAGGACAGCGGCUUGAAUAUUGUGUACUUGGAUGGCUUGAAAUCCAAACUGGACAUCUACAACCAGGUGUAUGAAGACAUUGAGAACACCCUGCUCAAUCGUUUAUAGCAGGAAGACUCCUCUUCAUGUGUGUACAGAAUUUGUAAAUAAGCCCAAUGUUUUUUGGGGGGCGGUUUUGUUGUUUUUUUUUUUUGUUUUUUUUAUCAGUUUUUUGUAAUAUUCUUUCUUUUUUUAUGUAAAUGGACAAAUGAAUGUUAACUUAUCAUUCUUUUUUUUUUUUAAUCGUUUUUCAAUGUUUUUUUUUUUUUCUGUGUAAGGUGAUUUUUGAAUAAUUCAUUUUUACCAUUACAUUGAACCACUUGGACCAUUUGUGCCAGUCUCAUUUUCCUGUCAUCAAUAAAUGCAUUUGUUGGU